AAAAAAAAAAAACAGAGAGUCAAAAUACAAAUGAGUUCAUAUUGAAUUGGGGUUAAUAUGUCCAAAUUAGAACAUGCAAUUAAAGAAAUGCAUUGACCACAAUUUAGAUGGACAACACACACACAAACACACACACAGAGAUAUAGCACAUUCCGAAAUAUAAAAUAAAAAAACACAGAGAGCGCGCGCUACUGUUUAGGCGUCCUUUUAGCUACACGGCUAGAUUGGAAGGCAAUGCCAGAAGACCAGAGUCUAUCUGUGUGAGGGUCUGAGUGUUUUGCCCAUUUUUUCAUUCCAAAUCCCAAUAAUUCACAGAGGAUGCCCUUCUUCUUCAUCUUCUUCCACUUUCCUCGAGAGGGCCUCACUCACAUCUCAACAACAACAACAACAAUAUGCCAUAAUAGGCUGAUGAUGAUGAAGUUUAUUGGAGACAAGAGAGGGUUGAUGAAGAGUUGGCAUGGUCGUAUAAUUCUGCUCACGUAAUAUCACAGUUAGCUCAAUGUUUUAUAUUUGGUGGGUGUAGCUAAUGCUAUGGUUGGAGCACGAUCAUGGAUAGUGGGAAUCUUUAGCCGCUCAGGCAAUAAACAUUCUGGAAGUGGAAAAAUUACUGAUUUACCUUUGACUUCUCUUCAGAAAGAAAGACUACAAAGGCUUCAAGAACGAUUACAAGUACCUUUUGAUGAGACUCGCCUUGAUCAUCAAGAAGCUCUUAGAGUAUUGUGGCAUUCAGCCUUUCCAGAUGUUGCUCUUGAUGGUUUGAUCUCUGAGCAAUGGAAAGAUAUGGGUUGGCAAGGCCCUAAUCCAUCAACUGACUUUAGGGGUUGUGGUUUUAUUUCGCUUGAGAAUUUGCUGUUUCACGCAAGGACUUAUCCGGCUUCUUUUCAUAGGUUAUUGUUCAAGCAAGGUGGGAAGCGAGCAACAUGGGAAUAUCCAUUUGCUGUUGCUGGCAUUAAUGUAUCAUUCAUGUUGAUUCAGAUGCUGGAUUUGCACUCAGAGAAACCAAAAUGUCUUCCAGGAAUCAAUUUUGUUAGAUUAUUAGGAGAGGACGAAGAAGCCUUUGAUGUUCUAUACUGUAUAGCUUAUGAGUUGAUGGAUGCUCAGUGGCUUGCUAUGAGUGCUUCGUACAUGGAGUUUAACUUCUACAAGUAACAAGAACACAAUUGGAGAGAGAACUAUCUCUAGAAGACGUUCGUCAAAUACGAGGUUUACCGGCUUACAACCUGAUGUACCACUAGUUUUGCUCAUUAGCUUGUUUUGGAAAUCCACGGAACAUUUUUGCUAUGAACUUGAGCAGCUCCAAGCCGAUUGCUAACUUGAGAGGUCGAAGAUCUGUUGUGACUUUUCAAAUGUGGGUUGUUUGUACACGACGCCAAAUUUGAUGGUUCCAGGGCUGAAAUGUGCACGAUGGAAUGGAGUUAUAGCAUUAAUGGUGUUGAGCUAGAAUUGAUAAACUCUUUGUUACAAGCAGUAGCCGAUGAGUGAAAUUAUAGAUUGAAUAAUGCUUCUAAUCAUAUCAUGAUAAAGGCUGCUCUUGUAGGUUCCUAAUUUCUCUCGUCUACAGAUGGAUGGAUUGGCUCACCAAUUAUUUUCUAAUGUCUUCUUGUAGGUUCACUUAACUGCAGCAGCAUGGGUUUUAUUUUGGUAUGAGAUGAAUAUUUCUAUACAACAGGUAGAUUAAUAGAAGAAAAAAGUUAGUAAAAGGUGUAAAAAUCACACUUGAAAUAAGAAAAAUAAGUUCUGUAUAUUUCCUUGUAGCAAAAGUUGCUUACAUUGGCCAAGUUCUUAGAUUAAAAGAUAAUGAUAUUUGGUUGGGAGGAAAGUAAAAAAAAAAACUUGCAGAAAUAUGUUGAUCACUUGCAGAAGACAAAAACAAACCAAACCAGAACAUUAGAUAGGAAAAUGUAACUUAUGAUGUGUUAACCAGAAUAAAUAUUAGAUUCUACAGAUUUCCUUUAAUAUAUCUUUCAAUUGAAAAUUUAAAUAUGCAAUAAUUAAAUAUGGUUAGUGUGAAAAAUUAAUUUAUUACAAUCGUUGCAACGAUAACGUGCAACAACGUGGUGCAACAUACAACUACAAACAUUCCAUCAAAAUACAUAUAUCUAUUUUUUAGUUUUAUUGUAGAUAAGGGCGGAUCCAAGAAUUGUUAAUGGAGUGGGUUAAUAUUUGUUUUGUGAGCUAAUACUAGUAAUAUUUUUUUCUUUUUUGGCUGGACUAAAAUUACCUAUAAAAAAAAAAAAAAAAAAAAAAAAUUUUGAGCGUACACAUAAAUCCGCUCUUGAUCGUAAAUCUGAUUUGCUUUGAUGGAGUGUUUGUAAUUUGUC